GCUUAUCGAUGCUACUGGGCACAGGACCAAACCCUUUCUUGAUGACAUUAUUGCUUCCCUUAGCUCAGUCAGCUGUUUCCUUCGCAAUAGAUACAUUCUGGGGGAAGCCAAGUAGAAGCACUAAGCCGAAGGGCAGGACAAAGAAGAAACCCUUUUCUAGAGCUGCAAGUAGUAUGAGAACUAGUGAGGACAGAGAAGACUUUGAGUCUGGCAAUGUAAGGGAGAGUUACCAGUCAUGGACUGCAGCAAAUGAUAUUUCUACUAAACAAACGCGUGACAAGAGGGCUUCUAGCUUUGGGGGAUGGGACGAGCUAGACAAAAGCGUGGGAUCUUAUAAAGUCCCCAAAAGAGCUCCGACUCAAAGGGAAAACGAGACACAGCAACAGAAGAGAGGCAAACUAAGCAGGAGAGUAAAAAAUAGAGAGACACCAUUGCUUCUAAGACUCUUGAUAUCUGUUUUCCCUUUCCUGGGAUCAUGGACCAAGUUGUUGUGAAUCUGUGAUAACAACCUGUACAUUCUUGUUGGACUUGGAGGUGAUAAAUUGCUUUCUUUUGCUCA